AUGGAGGGCAACAGGAUCGGCAGCAUAGAGGACACACUCGGCUUCUACCAGAGCCUGCGUGAGCUGAACCUGGCAGAUAACAGCCUUACAUCGCUCGGGGAAGGACAGCUGGUCAUGCAGGAGGAGCUGAAGCAGCUAAGACUAGAGGACAACCUGCUCUCCGUCUGCUCCCCGACUCCUGAAGACAUCAACCUUGGGGGGAACAGGAUCAGGACCGUCGCCAGAAACGCAUUCGAAAACCUGGGCGAGCUGGUGACACUGGACUUGAGUCAUAACCGGCUAACGCACCUUCCAUCGGAGUCGUUUCGCCACUUGGCCCGGCUCAGGACUCUGGCGUUGAAUGGCAACCGUUUGCAGGCAGUGCCUUUCCACGCUUUCUUCGAACUGCGAUCAUUACAUAGCCUGUCACUGGCCGAGAACAGCAUCGACAGCGUGCAUGCCGAGGCCUUUGCGUACCUGUAUGAGCUGCGCGCCCUCAAUGUCAGCUAUAAUCGGCUGGAAACAUUCCCAGCCGCGUCACUUGCUCUUCCGCAGCUUGAGAAGCUAGACGCAAGCGGAAACCAUUUCUCGUCACUGAAGCCGCGGCACUUGGACAAUCUGCAUCGGCUUCGUGUAUUUCGCCUGUGCCAGAGCCAGCUGUUGUCCUCAGUGACGGGACAUAUCUUCAGUAACAACCUCCUCCUGGAGGAGGUUCACUUGUGCAUGAACCCGCAACUUAGGUGGUUCCCCCGGACAGCAGUGGACUCCCUGCCCCACCUCAAAGUGUUAAACCUCGGCGGCAACAGCCUGGGCACGCUGGAGAACAUAACGUCGCUGCUCCAGCGCAUCGAGGCGUUCAACACGCGUCCGAUGCUGAUGCCGGCCGGCUCCGGUCUGGGACACGACUCGCCGAUGCGCGGCCGGCACUUCACACUGCUGACCGGCGACUACGCCGGGACGCGAGACGCCGGCUGCGGUUGGGAGCACGGCCGGCGCUGCGACCGCGACUUUGGCCAGCACUACGCGGCGCAGCGCAUCGGGGACUACGCGGGCAACAGGAUCGGCAGCAUAGAGGACACACUCGGCUUCUACCAGAGCCUGCGUGAGCUGAACCUGGCAGAUAACAGCCUUACAUCGCUCGGGGAAGGACAGCUGGUCAUGCAGGAGGAGCUGAAGCAGCUAAGACUAGAGGACAACCUGCUCUCCGUCUUGCUCCCCGACUCGUUUUAA